AUGAGUGAAGACUUUUCUGAAAACAAUGAAGGAAGUCCAGACAUCCAUACGAUAGGAGGAGAAGAAGGAAAACUGGUUUACAGGAUUCCACCCCGAAUUCCCAGCUCUCACAUAGAUGCCAAAAAUGGUCUUUCUGUGAGUGUGGAUGAAGCAAGAUUUCUCGAAAAACCACCCCUAUCUUACAUAGCCUUAAUUGCAAAGGCAAUUCUUUCUUCCCCUACAAAUAAACUGAAUUUAGCUGCUAUCUACAAAUAUAUUGAAGAUAAUUUUCCUUUCUAUAGGAACAAAGGUCGAGGCUGGAGAAACAGUGUAAGGCACAACCUUUCACUAAAUGAUUGUUUCAUCAAGGUGGGAAGAUGUGAGGAUGGCAAAGGAAACUACUGGAGUAUCCACCCAUCAAAUUUAAAUGACUUUGUUCACGGGGACUUCAGGCAACCUCGAAGGUCACGAAAGCGAGGGCGUCAAAAAGAGCUAGAGCAUUGCCUUGCUGUGAAUUAUUUCAUGCCAUGGGAACACUAUCCCUCCUACCCAGCACCAAACUGGCUUUACCAAACACAUUAUUUUAUGGAUCCUCUGUGGAAAAUGCUGUAUGCUGACAGACUGCAGUUUGUGCAUGAAUAUCAAAAAUGGAAUGUAAACAGUGAUUUAAUCAUGGGGAAGUUUUCACCUCCACCACAGACUGAUAAACCACAGAGCAUUUCUGUGGACUGGUUUUAUGGAUCUCCUGCUACUUCAGUUAUGCAGCAGAAUAUUUUCCUAAAUAUUCAACAGGCUUUCCCUAAUUCCCUUCUCUUCUCAACAGCAGCAACAAAGUGAAGCAUUCAGACACAUCUGUAAGUACUAGAAAGUACUUGAAGUGCAGUAACUUCACAGGCAGCUCUGUCUGGGACUCCGUCAAGAUACAAUAUAUUAAUAUAUACUGCUCAGGUUUGAACAUUUGUGUAUGUUUAAAGACAGCAAAAGAGCUUACUUAAUUAUGUAAGCCAGUGAUUACCAAUGAUUAUUACCUAAGUGUAUUAGCUUUGAAAUGACAACAAUGAAUACUGUUUUUAAUAAUGCUACUCGUCAGUGGCAGUGCAUAGACUAUUUAGUAUAAGAGUAAAUCCAUUAGCACUGAUUGCCCAAUAAAAUAAUUUUUAAAUUGUCUUGUAUUAAUCAUAUUACUGUAUACUACUGCUCUAUUAGAUUCAAAUGAAUACACAUGUAUGUGUACUUAUAACUAUAUAUUCAAACAUGUACACCCAUAUAUUUACUUUUAUAUUCUGUUGAGUAGGAAGCAUUAAUACGUUUUUCCUUUGUCAGUUGCAAAUGUCUUUGAAAUGCUACUUGUCACCUCCCAUACUGCUGGAAAUACUAAGUGAGCUAUUCUAAUAAU